AUGCUAAGCAGUUUAGGUUUCAAAACUGGGAUUAGAGCAGCGUACAAUGUUCUGGAUAACCCAUCGUUUGUCAGUGAGCCAUGGACUGUAUAUCCUGCAAAACACAAGUCAACCAGUCGAAUAGUGUCUGUCUUUAUAUUUGAUAAGCUGAAAUUUGAAUCGCAAGUUCACCGAAUGUGUCAAAUGUCAUCGCUAGCUGCGAAUAGUAGUCCGAAAAAGAUCAUCAAGGAAUGCUAUGAAUUGGUCAAGUUUGAAAUUAAUCAAUUGAGUAAAUUGAGACAUCCGCAAGUUUUAACCACGCUUGAACCAUUGGAAGAGACAAAGACUAAGUUCAUCUUUGUUACUGAGGCGGUUAUUAGUAAUUUAAGCACUGCAUCGCUGAAAGAUUUGGACGAUCUAUCUAUUCAAAAGGGGUUGUUACAAGUGGCCAAGGGUUUACAAUUUAUUCAUAAUCAAUGUAACAUCAUCCAUUUGAAUAUUCAACCUUCAUCGAUAUUUAUCAAUAAUCAGGGCGAUUGGAAGUUGGCCGGCUUCACUUUCUUAAAGAACCUCAAUGAGAUAUCACCUCAAGAACGAGACAAUUUCUUUAUUAUGAAUACGUCAUCAUUUAUUCCAUUUGCUAAUUUGAAUUUAAAUUUCACGGCACCGGAGUUGAUUGUUGAUCCGCAGCCAAAAUUGGAUUUUGCUAAUGACAUUUGGUCAUUUGGGAUGUUGAUUUUUUAUUUAUACAAUUAUGAUGAUGCUGAUUUGUUGAUUCAUUUAAAUGACGCCAACAGUAUUCAGGAUUACAAGCAUGAAUUUCGCAAAUUUGAAUCGAAAUUUUACAGCCAUCGAACUAGUCCUAGUGGGUUGAAAUAUAUAUUGAAAAAAGUUCCUGAAAAGUUGUAUCCGUUGUUCCCACAGUUGCUAGCCAGGUACCCUUAUGACAGAUUGCGACUAGAUCAAUUUAUCGAUUCGGAUUUUUUCAAUGGAACCAUAAUUAAAGCCAUGUGGUUUAUAGACGAGUUCACCACAAAGACAAUUGAUGAGAAAUUGGUGUUUAUGAGAGGGUUGCUUAAAUUUGACCCAACAACACAAACCGAUUUGCUUAACCAGUUUCCGUCAGCGUUUAGAUCGCUGAAGAUAUUGCCAUUGUUGAUUGGACAAUUGAUAAAUGAGUUGACUGUAUUGGACGAGACGGUGUCUAUAGAUCCCAACAUUGAUGAAUUGAUUUCGUUGUCGUUGGAGAUAAUCUUGGCAAUUUCGAAAUCAUUAUCAGCAUUGACGUUCCAAGAUCGGGUUUACAGUGUAUUGUUGAAGGAUAGUUCAUCACUACUGGAGAAAGUUUACGACGUUGUUUUCAAAGACGAGGCCAAGAGCAAGAAACUAAAGACGUUUACUAAGCUCAUCAAUGCGUCAGUUAAAACUAGAUUAACUUUGGUUAAGAAUUUAAAUGUUUUGCAGGAAAAGACCAAUGAUAAACAAUUUAUGAGUUUUAUAAAGACUAUAUUGGAUCUUGUAUUUACCCUAGCGGCAAAAGAACAAGAUCAAAAAGAUGUUCAAAUUGAAUUGCAAGAAACUUUUCUUGAUUAUCUUCCCAAUUUUGUUAGCAAGGUUGAUUUUUCAUACAUGAAGAAUACGAUGUUCCCCUUGUUGAUUAAAAUUUUUCAGGCAACAUCAGUAUUUACCACCAAAUUGAAAAUUCUAAAUACGUUUGAAAAUUUUGUUGAUGCAAGGGCCAUUGAUAAAAUUAUAAUCAGUGAGCAAUUCUUACCAGUGACCAAGACAUUAAAGGACCGCGAUGAGGAAGUUAUCGAACGAAUUUUGAAAUUUUUUGACAAGGUUGUAUCUAGUGAAGAUAUGAAUUUGGAUUUGAAGAUACUUGUUGAAUCAAUUAUACCUCAAUGUUAUACAUUAUCAUUUGAAUGCAUUGAUUGUGAUCAAAAGGAAUUCAAGUCAUUCAUGGUUAUUAUCAACAAGAUUCAAAAGGUUAUGGUGGAUAAGAAAUUGGCACAAUUACCUGAGCGUCAUGUCAAUGGUCGAGCUGGUGGUCAAAUACAUGCGCGAGGAAAACCUAAUUUCGAAACAUUGUUGGAAUCUCAAGCUAUUAAAGCGCCGGAGAAGCCAGAAAUUGCACCAAAGAGUGAAGUCAUGCAACCAACGAGGAAAUCAUCCAGCUCAACACGGACAGGGGCCAAGACACAGACACCUACAAGUAGACUGAGUACGUUGAACCCCGCAAGAAGUAAACCAGCUGCAAUUGCAACGCCAAAGUCUAUUAAUUUAACUCAAUCUACGCCAUUGCGUUUUGGAGCUACAACUACCACCAAUAGCAACAGCGCAGCAACCUCCAAUCUAUUUGAUGGAUUGAAGAGCACAUAUGAUAGACCUGCAUACCAUGAUAAUGAAGGUGAUGAUGAUGACUUUGAUGAUUUCCAACUGGCCAAUGCCAAUAACACCAAGACGAAGUCCAAUAGUAAGAUCAAUUGGACAUCAGAAGCAAACAAGAUGAAGAGUUUGCCCACCACUCCAUUAAGCCCAUCGUUAAAUAGGAAUAGUAACAGCAGGCCGGCAUCGAUGGGUAAUCAUACUGCUGCUGCUUCUUCUUCUUCUUCUUCACAGUUGGUGCAUGGUGGGAAUUAUCCACCGGGGUUCAAUGCUUCUGUGUUGUCUCCAAAGGGUGGUUCUGCCCUGCCAAAUGUUCUGAGAACAAGUACGACAUCGCCACCACAAUCUAAUAAUGCUAGUAAUACUAGUGGUAUAAAUACAGAUCUACUAGAUUUGUUGUAA